GACAGCGGCGGGAGGGCCAUGGCGGCCGAGCCCGGUGCUCCGGCGCGGUUCGGCCGCCCCGCACCGCCGCCGCAGACAGGCUGGGAGCGGCUCAGCGAGCUCUGGCAGCGCGACGAGCGGCAACAGUUGCCCGAGGAAACGCUGAACAUCUUCAAGUCGGCGUUCACCGCGGGUGUCUUCGGCUGGAUGUACGGCGGGCUGCCGGCCUUCUACCAGGCCCGCAAGGCCUUCAUCGAGAGGAGCCACGGGGAGCUCUUCCAGAACCGCGCCGAUGCGGUGCAAUCUGCCCAUCGUGCUGGUCUCAGGAGUUUCCUCCGCUACGGCUGGCGCUGGAGCUGGAGAGUGACGGCUUUUGUGACAAUAUUCAACUCAGUGAGCACCGGUCUGUCUGCGUACCGCAAUAAAACCACCAUCGGCAACUUUGUGUCGGCGGGAGCCUUCACAGGAGCCCUUUUCAGAAUGCACUUGGGCCUGCAGGGACUGGCAGGCGGCUUCCUGUUCGGAGCAGUGUUUGGGAUCCCUGCAGGAGGCCUCUUAAUUGCAAUGCAGAAGCUUACUGGGGAGACCUUGCAGGAGAGGAGAAACCGUGAGCGCAGGGAGCUGUACGAACAGAAGGUGGCAGAGUGGCAAUCCAGGCUCAGUGUGACUGAAGUCUUAGGCCAAACGGAAAGCAGUGGCCGGGGAGGCCCGGAGAUGGAGAGGACAGGAGAAUCUCAGAGCUACUGAGCCUUCCCCAGGUCUCUGUUUCAAGCAGCUACAAAAUAUUUUGAUUGUGCUGGUAGAAGUGUUUGGUCAAGAGGUCAUGGAAGUUUUCUGUGAAUGCAGUUACGUCCUGUGCAUUUGUGAAAGAGCAUUUUGCUGGAAACAUUCUUCAUGGAUGCAUAUCACUGCUCAAGAGCUUGGAAGGGCCAGACCUGUUCCACCUGAGAAGGUGAAAAUGCAGACUCUGCAGACUAGGAACUCUCAUCUAGGUUUGGAAGGGGGUGGGGCCAGCCCCAGAGCCUUGUCUAAAACCCAUUUCACUGCUGAAAAUGUCCAAACCACUAGCGAUGUAGGAAUACUCAAGGAGCCUAUGAGAAGGUUGGAUGUUAAAGGUACCCUGGUUCCAAAAGCUGACUGUGCUCUGGUGAAAGCUUCUCUUCAGACAUCGCCUGGAGAACUUGCUGUGGGAGCACAGCACAGGCAGCACCAGAGCAAGGGGUUCUCCUCCUCCUGUCUGGGGUUUUAUCAGGCUUUUUGCAGAAAAAACCCACGCUGGAUUCCUAUGGUACUUGGGGUAUUUUGCAGUCAAUGUUGAGGAAGGGUGGAGGAGCCAGGAAUGUUAGGGAAAUACCUUGAAAAAGACGUGUUUUGCGUUCCUUAACAGAACUGUGGCCAAGGGGGCUGCAGAAAGAAUGACUCGUUUCUUGGAGGGGGGAAGAAUCUGCACCGUGGACAAUUUUGACAACAAUAAAAGGCCUCUAAUUUCAUUUGAAGGUUGGAAAUCAGGGGAGUACCUUUGGGGGAAAUGUGGUUCAAGACAGUCAAUAAAGCCAUCUAAGCAGUG